AUGAACCAAUUGCUUUUGGAUCCAUUCAUAAUAGCCAAGGAGUAUCCAGAGACAUUGGUGCAGACCCUUUCGUUUGGCCACUCGACGUGUCUCAAAUUCAAUGAAUACGGCGACUAUCUGGCCUCAGGCACGUCCGAUGGAAUCAUUGCGAUCAUAGAUCUGGAUACUAACGGGAUCAUCAAGCUUCUGAGAUCUCACACGCGACCAAUCAACAGCUUGAGUUGGAGUCACGACGGCCGCUACCUGCUCUCGUGUGCACGUGAUUGGCAGGCGAUAGUCUGGGACUUAAGUACUGGAAAUGCCGUACAGAAGUGUGAAUUCCAAAGGCCGCUUUGGAAUGCAGAAUUCAACCCCGUUAAUUGUCAUGAGAUCGUGGUGACUCCACUAGAGGAAGAUCCAAUGUUGAUCCGGUUUGGUUCCGACUGGAGCAGGGAAGAAACUUGGUCUCUUCCGGGACUGGAAGACGACGAGCAGAAGCAUUUCACGUUGGUGAGUACGUUCCACCCGGGCGGUGAGUACGUGUUCACAGGCACUAGCAAAGGGUGGAUUAAUGUGAUAUCUGCCAAGUCACUAGCAAAAGUCCAUUCGGAGAAGUUGACCUCAUCGAAUGUGAAGAAUCUGGCAUUCAACACAUCGGGCACCAAAUUGGCAGUCAAUUCAUCCGACCGUAUCAUCCGACAAAUAGCCCUUUCCUCGAAAAAAGGUCCCGAAAACGAGCAGGAAUUUGAGUUUGAAAUUGACCACAGAUACCAGGAUGUGGUGAACAAAUUACAGUGGAAUUCUUUAGGUUUCAACCAUUCAGGUGAGUAUCUCGUUGCAAGUACGUGGGGCUCAGCUCAUGAUGUAUAUAUGUGGGAAACUACUAUGGGAUCGCUCAUAAAGAUUCUGGAGGGUCCCAAAGAAGAGUUGAUUGAUGUUGCCUGGAAUUUUCGCAAGUGUACCAUCGGAGCCACUGGAAUGGAUACCGGUACCAUAUAUUUGUGGGGAACCAACAUUCCCCAAAAGUGGAGUGCGCUUGCACCUGACUUUGUCGAAAUAGAAGAGAACAUCGAGUACGAGGAAAAGGAAGACGAGUUUGAUGUUGUUGAGGAGGACAUGGUUAUUGAAGAGGACGAGAACGAGGUUGUCGACGUUGCUACGAAGGAGACGCUAGACAGUCGAGGAUUUCCUCUGCAAAGGCUUUUCACGAUUCCACUUUCUCUGGAAGAUGAAGAUGCAUUUUGA